AUGUCUUUCUUGUCUGCUGAAACGGCAAUGUCGCAGGCCAAUUCACUAGCAUAUGUCGAUACGGUCUAUUCGGCAGAUUCCAUCGAAUGGUGCCCUUUUGAUGGGUUUCAGGAUAUAUUCGUUUGUGGGACUUAUCAGAUAGUCAAGCCUGAGGAGCAAAUCCAGACGAAGGAGCAACAACCGGAAGGCGCAGACAAAGGUGAUGACGAUGAGGAGGAGGAAUUUUACAUUGGACCUAGUAAACCAACUCAGAGAGUUGGGAGGUUAUUGGUGUAUCAAGUGGAGGAAGAUGAUUCGUUGACCGAGAUACAGAGGAUCGAAACUCCUGCUAUAUUAGAUACGAAAUGGUCACCUAAAUUAGAUAAUGGCCGACCAGUAUUGGGUGCAGCAGAUGCCAAAGGACAUAUAACGCUAUACACCUUGAAUACCGCUACGAGACGUUUGGAAGAAAUACAUCGGGUGGAUGUAGAUGAAGAAUCGAUAUUAUGCUUAUCAUUAGAUUGGUCCAAUCGUCUAAACCAAUCAUCACCUUCAUCCAUCAUUACUUCCCUUUCAAAUGGCAAUCUAUAUCAUAUCAUACCUACACCUACAAGAUGGGAGGUAGAAUCCAGCUGGAAAGCACAUGAUUACGAGCCGUGGAUAACAAGUUUUGAUAAUUGGGACUCGAAUACUGUAUGGUCAGGCGGAGAUGACUGUAAGUUGAAAAGAUGGGAUAUACGAGAAACGUUUAGACCUACUUUUGUGAACAAGAACUUCGAUGCUGGAGUGACCACUAUCGCUUCUUCUCCUCAUACCGAAUAUCUACUAGCUGUGGGAAGCUACGACGAGAACCUACGUAUAUUUGAUACUCGUCAACCCACUCAACCGCUAACGACGAUCCAUAUGGGAGGUGGGAUUUGGCGAACGAAAUUCCACCCUUCCCCUGAACGUAAAGAUCAUAUACUAAAUGCGUGUAUGCACGAUAAUUUCAAAAUUGUUAAACUGAACAACCAUAUUAUGAAUCUCCAACCGCACCCAGAGGACGAUGGGGUAGGAGGUGAAAUUAUAAGGACGUUUGAAGAUCAUGAGAGUUUAGCUUAUGGUGUAGAUUGGUCGAGGUUACCUGAAAGUAAUGUAGAAGGGAAAGAAGGGACAUUUAUUGCUAGUUGUUCCUUCUAUGAUCAUGCCAUGCAUUUAUGGAGAGGUUAA